UGUGAGGACAUCAUUCUCGCUUGCUUCAACAUCAAAACUUUCAUGAGCAGCGAAGAAUGUUGCAGCACCUUCCUCACGCCCACCAUCACGCCCAGUGGCAUCUGCUUUUGGGGAAACUUCACGCCCACUUUCGACCAGACGAUGGAGACUGCACAGACGGGCUUGUCUCUCAUGCUCAACGCGCCGAAGGCGACGGAAACCUUCGACUGGACCAUCGUCGAGGAUGACUUCUUCCCGACCUCGAGCGGCCUGACCCUGUCGCUCCUCUCGAACGUGACCCAGCCGAGCCUCCACAUCAGCGAGGCCCUCCCUGUCGGCGGCGGGGCUCACGUCAGCGUCGCCGUCGAUUACUCGGUCAUGGACAACCGCGGCCUAACAAAGGACAUCUGGCCGUGGUCGCAGCCUACGUGCGUGUCCAUCUCGUCGCCGCGCCCCCAGCUUCUCAACACCACCGAGAACUGCGUCUCCAGCAACAUCUUCAGCAGCCUCGUCAGGUAUGGGAAAUGCCUCCCGCUGCUAGUCUCCGAGGAUUACUUUCCGGGCACAGACAAACUCGGACCCUGCUUAAUCGACAACAUGUUAGCAGUUCCGGCAAAAUCGAGCGGGACGCUGCCCCCCUGCCCCGAGAUCUGCCACGCCGAGGAAUUCCGCAGCCGCGUGGUCAGCGCCCCCCUCAAGGCCGGGUUCUCGUCUCGUUCUGCAGGCAGGUCCCAGGGCCUCUUCAGCCAGGUGGUGUCGUCGAGGAGGAACUCGUCUGGCAGGGACUUCGAUAACCUGACAGUAUCUGUGGUGACCGUGUAUUAUCCCUCGCUAACCUACAGGGAGAUUAUCCAGUCGAAGCCCAAUUUGGAAAUGUGGUUUAGCAGUAUCGGCGGGCACAUUGGUAUCUGCAUCGGCGCCUCCGUCAUCUCUGCCAUUGAAAUCCUCUGCUUCGUCGCGACUGUCUGCUUCUUGGUCUUCAAGAAAUUUGUUAAGACGCUCUGCUCUUGUUAGUGAGUUUUUGUCGAUUUCUCUAAAGAGGGGUUUCGUGUGACUUUUUUUUCAAAUUGUCUUUUGUGAUUGUAGUUGUUUUUGGUCUUAUUAAUAUUAUCAUUCUUAAAUCAGCAUUUUAAACUGUUUAAAAAAACAACAAAAAACUAUUCAACUAUUCCUAAUAUUUCUAGUCUCUUGCUUUAUAUACAAAAUAAAAAAGUAUAUAUGUGUAUGAUAAAUAAAUACAUUUAGAUUUAUGUAUUGCAAAAUUAAAUAUUUUCAUGAUUUACUUGACAUAUCCCAGUGCUAUUUCAAAAAAGUAAAGUUUUCCAUUUUAUAUUGCACUUACGAUAACAACACCUAUAUCCUGAGUGUGAGAUUCUGCUGCUUUGUAUGCUAUUCCUUCGUGUAAUGAGAAAUUUCAGAAAAAUAAUUUAAACCAAGGUGUAUUUCUGUAUU